CCCUGUCCUGUAUAAUGCCUGAGGCUUUUCAGUACUAUUUGUCCUGGCAAAAUAAUAAAAAAAAGAAGAUAAACAUUACAUGAUAAGUGUGUGAAAUGUGAAGGACAGCUCUAGACCACAGUGACAGCGGAAGCAGGAGACCGGUAAGAGCGUGAAAUGAGGCGUUAUUUUUCUCCCUACCCGUAUUCGACAAAUCCUUCCUCCUGUGUUAGGAUUGGAUAGCAAUUUUGUAUCCUGCACUACGAUUGGCUAGUUAGCUGUCAAUCAGCGGAGGACGCCGGUGUGUAUAUUAACAGCCAAGCUUAUCUUAGAAGGCGGGAUUUGUCUGAAUACGGGUAGAAGAAAAGAACGCUGAACUUUGGAUAUCUGAAUCAGGAGACACCGAGUGGGACGCGUUGUGAAGAGGAGAAGAGGCGUGUAAAGGCGCAGAGAUGACGGGGAAAUCAGUGAAAGAUGUUGACCGUUAUCAGGCGGUUCUCUCAUCACUGCUCGCGCUGGACGAAAACAAGUUCUGCGCUGACUGUCGAGCUAAAGGUCCCAGAUGGGCGUCCUGGAAUUUAGGAAUCUUCAUCUGUAUCCGCUGUGCAGGAAUCCACCGGAAUCUCGGCGUUCACAUAUCCCGGGUCAAAUCUGUUAACCUGGACCAAUGGACACAGGAGCAAAUUCUGUGUAUGCAGGAGAUGGGGAACGCCAAGGCACGGCGCCUCUACGAGGCCUUUUUACCCGAGUGCUUCCAGCGUCCUGAGACAGACCAAUCAGCUGAGAUGUUCAUCCGGGACAAGUAUGAAAAAAAGAAAUACAUGGACAAGUGUAUUGACAUCCAGACAUUCCGAAAAGAGAAGAGUGAGACAGUAACAAAAGAGCCACCUGUUGUUUUUGAGAAGAUGAAGCUGAAGGAGGAGCCUCAGCACUACAAGAGUAGUCCAAAGAAGCAGUCUCAGUCAGUAAAUGAUCUUUUAGGACUAGACACUCCUGUUGCGUCUGCUCCUGUAGCCAACGGCAGUGCCAGUCCUGAGCAAAGUGUUGCACUGGAUCUGUUCAGUUCCCUGCCUACAGCCACCUCACAUUCAGCCAGAAGCACACCUGGCUCCAGUUCUGUGUCCAGCUCUAUGCCUAAAGGCCGGGCUGCAGCAUCCGUACCGGAGAACCUGAGCCUCUUCCUGGACCCGCCCUCCAAAAACGAAGAAAGCAGCAAAAAGCUGUCCAAAGACUCCAUCCUGUCACUGUACAGCAGCGUAACACCUCAGACCAACAUGGCUGCUAAUGCUGGCAUGUACAUGGGGGCAGCUCAAAUGGGUUAUGCCCCUGCACCUGCCUAUGGGCACUACCAGGCUCUGGCCACACAGCAAGGAAUGAUGGGAACCAUGAUGGCCCCUCAGGUGAACAUGCUGGGGCAGCCAGGUGUCAUGGCACCAACAGGAGUGGCCGCUCCAUCUCCCUAUACGGUGGGAGUGCAGGGGGGCAUGAUGGGAGUGCAGGGGGGCAUGAUGGGAGGUGUUGGGGCACUGCCACAACAGGCGUACACAAUGCAGCAGACGCAGCAGCUGCAGUGGAACAUCACCCAGAUGACUCACCACAUGGCGGGUAUGAACGUUCACGGCCAGAACCGCAUGAUGGGAUACGGACAGCCCAUGGGCGGAGCCUCAGCUCCCAGCACUAAUCAAAUGCUCGGCUCUCACGUAUGGAAGUGAAAGCAUGCCGGGUUAAAAAAAAAAAGUGUAGGUUUUUCGGGAGCAUCGCAAUAAACUGUAAGGGAAUAAAGGGAGGCUUUUACAUACUCUUCAUCUAACAUUCCUUCAAUGGCAAAGAGGAAAUGUUAGUUUAGAGGAUCAACCUCAAGAGGAAGAGUUUCUACCUCCUGCGACUUUUUUUUUUCUUUUUUUCCAGACAUGAUGUGAUCCAAGAGUCCAGCAUCUCUCUCUUCUCUUUCUUAGCAGCUACACCCCAAACACAGCAGCUCUCCUGAGCUCCACCCUAAACCCCACCUAGCGUCCUUCACUCCCUCAGACGUGCAGUAGCUGCGACUUUUUGUUUGCAUGUAGGUUCUGGGAUUUCAAGCUGUUCUUGCGUUUUCUUUUAUUUCACCGUCGUCUUUGCGCUGUUACACUUCGUGGUACAAGCUUAAUAAACCUGCAUGCACUGAUUGCUAAGCUUCACACAUAAAAAAAAAAGACACUGAGAGACUAUAUAAUGCGUCAAGACGUAUUUGUCAAGCAUACACCUCAAGUAAUGUGAUGCUGCUGUUUUGGUCCUGGUGUUCCUGUCAAUAAUUAUUAUUAUUUUUUUUUUAUUAUUAUUUUUUUUUUUCCUUUUUUCCGGCUGCUGUCGAUGUUGAAGCCUGUAUUAGACAGCUGGAUUGUUGUACUCUAUGUACCUUUUCUCUUCGUGUAAUCUAGGGUACUGUGAUGGAGCGGUAGUCCAGCUACUCUCCUUCUUCCCACUCAGGAGGGAAAUCUAAGAGAUGGAUUCUCAUCUCAAACUGAGAGAAAUCAUAGCCAAAGAAUGCAGAAUUAUUCAUUUCGGGUAAAAAAAAAAAAAAAAAAAAAAAAAAAAAAUGUAUAAUGCUUGCAAGAACAGUUUUCUGGUGACAAGCUAUUGAUUAGUCCUGUGAUCUAUAAAUGUAUAUCUGAUGUAUGUAUAUGUGCUCACCUCAAGCACUCAAUGCCACAUUUGAUUGUAUAAACACUGUAUAUAGGGUGCUCUCCAACUUCUGAGGGUCAGAUUUAACGUGACUAAACAGCAGGGUUUGAAUCAUUUAAAUCGUACCUCUCGGCUUCAGUCUGUACAGAGACCAAAUGAAUGUUUCUCAUUCACGUCCCGUGCUUCAGAUGGCCAUCGUUUUGUUCACGUGGUUGUUUUAGGUCACUGAGAUCCGGGUUAUAUUUACACGGCCUUACUUUGGCGAGGAACGCACGCCUCUGAUGCAGAGAUGUUAACUGUAAGGCUCGUUAACGCGCAACACGUGGCUCUUUUACAAUACAGCUUCUCUGAUCAUGUACUGUGUGAGACGCGAUCACGUGUAGACAGACGUCCAUCUUGCGAUUGCAUGUUAAUAGAUUUCACAGGAACAUGAAUGUGAUAAGGGAUUUUUUUUUUUUUUUUUUUUUUUAAAUAAGAUUUGGCAAUAUUUAGCUUCCACUGUGCUACACAUAGCAAAAAAAAAAUCUUUCGGAUAUUAUUGUGAGUACAUCUCUUGCUUUCAUGCUGUCUUUCACUCUUCUUUGAGAAUGACGCUGUGUAACGUUGAAUGCUUGGUUAAGCGGAUUUAUUUCUACCACUAAAUGUGAAACCUUGUAUCUAUACACAUUCCAUGCUAUAACUAACCCCCCCCCCCCAAAAAAAAUAUCUUGAAUAUUUUACUUCCUUAUAAUCAUCAGGAAGUUAUAAAGGGAAAAAUCCACCCUGAACAAUUUAUCUGUGUAAUCAUGGGAUCUUCACUGGCUUCCAAGUUUGAUUUUUAUACUGAAAUUCUGGGUUGAUUUGGUCUAUUUUCACUUUGGUUACAGGUUGCAUACGUUACCCACAAUGCCAUUUAACGACCCACUAAUAAGGAUACCUCUACGUAAAAAAAGAGAGCAGUGCGGCAGCACUUUUUAGUUCUUCAAACCGUCUAGCUCUAUCACUUCAUCUGUAUACUCUGCUCAAUCAGCAAUGACCUCUAACUAGAGAAGCCGAGUCUCUGCUCUAACUCGUAAAGCGGCCAUGUUGUAUAGCCGAGUUGCAUUUUGGGGCUUUGAGUCCAGCUUUUGCUGCCUCCACUAAUUCUGUGUUGGAUUUCCUCAUUAAUGCGACAUUGAAUAAUAUAAAAUCCAACCACUGACCUCUCAGGUUAGCACCAGACUCUCUAAACACAUCACAAAUAUUUCGAUAGAAACAUAUAUUUCGUGUGUUUCAGGGUGGAGUUUACCCUUAAGGCACUUUGUUAAAGAAGCAUGCAUGUCUGGCUGAAUAAUCCAACACUGUUCGACCAUCACUGUUCAAGUUUCUAGGAGAAGGACUUACAGAUUGGUCAUUAAAAUGAUUCCAUAAGCAAACGACAACAUUGUAUUUCUGAAUGGCUUGGCAUGUUCAUCGCCCACUGAAUGCUGAAACUGUUCAAAAAAGAGAUUGUGCUGUGCUGUGCUGUGCUGAGCUUGUCUGAGAGAAAAUGUACCUUUUUCUGUGUAAAAACCGUAAAGCAAUACUGGAUUAGCAACAAAAGAUGGUGUACGCUGUUGCAUCAACAAGUCAAUGGAAUAGAAGUCUAGCACCAUCGGCGGGAUUACUGUUGUAUCCACACGUUGUAUCAAGUAGGUUGAAUAUCAACAACACACAACAUAACACAUCGCUUUUCUCCUUUACUUUAGAUAACUUAAAAUAAUGUUUUGUUUGUGGCGGAAACUGGUUUGUACCGUUUUGAUGUACUUGUAUUAAAGGUUCGAGGGCAGUUCAUGUUCACAGUUGCAGGGAAUCAGUCUGAGGUAUGCCCUUUUCCUCUUUGGUGUUCUGGUGCUACUGUUCGUUAGGAAAGGACCGAGGCAUUACAGAUCAUAUUUCCUUCUCUGUGAAUUCUCAGUAGCAGAGCAAAGCAAAGACACUGCUGCAAUUCUUAAAGUUUAAUCGUCAAGGUUCAGCGUUAUAAACACGUACAUUUUGUGGGUAACUGAAUGUGUAACGCUUAAUCAUGCCUGCUUCCUUUUGAUAUGUUUUAGGGUUUUCCAAACGUGUAUAUUACGAAGGCUGAAUUAAAUAAUAACGUAAUAAAGAAAUGUAUUUUAUCCUCA